CUCACAUUGCAUGGAAAAUGAAUGCAGAAUAGUUAAAAUGGUGCGUAACAGUUUUGUCAAUGUAGACGUCAAAGUACAUAACACAUACCAAUAUUAAGCGUGUAUAAAUUCGUCCAAACAUCGAAAUUAACCCCCAUAAGUUCCACACCACGUUUGCAAUGGAGCCGCAGCGUAAACGAAGCCGUAAGUUCAAAGAGGAGAUAAAUUCUUCACAAGAACAAGAUGAUCGAAGAAAACUUACCACCGUUGACUUGGUGAUUGACCUCCUUAACAAAGCUUCCAUGUCCGUGGAGGAUUCCGUUAAAGUAGAACGGCUGCAACAAGUCAAGGAACUUGUGAUAAACAAACAGCCUGAGAUGUUGGAUAACUUCACUGAUGAAGUGGUUGCGUUUCAAGCUGAUCGAUCGCAAGAAGUGAGAAAGUUCGUUGUUGGAUUCAUGGAAGAGGCGUGCAAAAAAGACCCAGAGUUAUUUUCCAAGCUGCUUCUUAACCUUCACAUGUUACUUGUCGAUGAAAAUGUUAAUGUUUUGAAAAAAGUAAUCCAGUCAUCAACCCAGUUAUACAGAAUCUGUGUGCAGUGGAUCAGCACACACAAGAAUAUUAGCAAUAUGCUCAAAUCGAGUUGGAAAACUAUGUGUGAUAUACAGCAGAGGAUUUUUGAGCUAUUUGAUUCUGAAAAUGAUGGGGUCCGAACGCAGGUGGUCAAGUUUGCAGAGAAGGUAAUUCUCACCUUAUCCGAAAAACAUCGUUUGUCGGAACUCCCCAAGAAGUUGGAGGUUUUCUCCUCCUUGGAUCAGCUCCCAAACAACCACACCAUUCUCGUUAAGUCUGAGUUAAAAUCUCUCGGAGUAUCGCUGCUCGAGAAACUUCUUUCUUUCGUGGCUUCACCAGCAAUAUCCAGUGUCAAUCUGAUGGCAUCCAUGGGUACUCUUACUACAAUAGCAAAACAGAGACCUCAAUUCAUAUCUACAGUUGUACCUGCCUUUGAAACACUGCAUGCCAACUUGCCCCCUACAUUGGCGAAGACACAAGUAACAAGUGUGAGAAAACAUCUGAAAAUGCAACUUCUAAAUCUGCUGCGUCAUCCUGCUUCUAUUGAGUUUCAUCCACAGAUCACCAACUUGUUAUAUGACUUGGGAACAAAUUCAUCUGAGAUUGCAAAGAACAUGCCCAAUGUUAAUGCCGCUAUGAGGGAUAAGAAAUCUGCGAGUAAAAAACGAACAACGGAUGAAAUAAAAGGAGCGGAAAUGUCUCAAAACAAAAAGGCAAAAGUUGAGGUUAUGCUCCCUGAUAAAAUCCCAGAUGCUUUCCAAGCCUCUUAUACUCCAAUAGAGUCGGCUGGAACGAUUGAUCAGAAGAAACAUCUUGCUCGUCUUCUUUCCAUCCAGAUGACAGCGGUCGGGAUCGGAUCAGGGGUUCAACACACUGCAGAAAUGGAGGCAAAAGAAAUAGCGAAGAAACAAAUGGAGAAAGAAAAGAAAGAACUUGAAAAGAAAAUCCCAAUCCAAACUCUUAUUGGUGGAACAACAACCUCUGAUGUCCCUGAACCGGUUGAAGUUAAACAAGAGAGCAAACCAUUAGAGCCAACUCAACCAGCUGUCCCUAUGAAAGGGAUGCAGAGAAGAAUACAAGGAUUCCAUCUAGCAAGCAUUACCAAGCCUUUAAGUUUGGAAGCAAAAGACAAAAUAAUCAAGAUGGCGGUUCUACGUGUGCUUAAAUCAGAAAGAAGUGCAAUUGCUGGUGGAAUUCACUCAAGGUGGCAGAAAAUUUUAACAAACCUUGUAGCUCAGUUUGGUGGUGAUCUGCACAGAUCUCUUGCCAAAUUCAUUCUCGCUGACAUUCGAAAUCGUUCUCAACUAGCAUUCCAAUGGUUGUAUGAAGAGUUUAAUAUUUACCUUGAAAAUGCUCGUGGAAUUAAUGAUAAAGCUGCCAUGGAGAAUUACGAUGCGUGUCUUACUGGGCUGUUACAAGGACUGCUGGAAAAACAGGAUUCAAGAGAAGGCCUUUUUACAAAGCUUGUGUUACAAGCUCCCUUGCUGACUGACUCUGCCAUCAAAGUAGUUCAUUCGUAUUGUGAGGAUGAACGGCGGUCCCAAACUACCAUGUUGCUCGUUCGUACCCUGCUGUCACACAGACCAACGAGAAGAAUGCAGUUUCUGCGUGUUCUGCUUGACUUAAGCACUUUUAAAAUUGAAACUGUGCGCCAAAAUUCAAUUGAAAUAGUAAAGGAAUUAUACGAAAAUCAGAAAUAUCGAGAUUUUAUUGAACAAUAUGCGAUGACCAAUUUAUCUUACUUGAAAGAAGCAGAACCACCGAAUGAUAUUCGACAAGAAGAAUCUGACAAAACUUGGAAUGAGGAACAAAUGAAACAGUGUUUCCAACUCUGUUUAUCUCUUCUGCCCACCAACCACGCACUUGUACAUAACUUAGCUGCAGUUUACGUUGAAGCCUCUGCAAAUAUAAAACGAGUGAUCCUUCAUUCGUUGGAUGCUCCUGUGCAUGGAGUAGGAAUGUCUUCUCCUGAGCUACUUAAACUGGUGGAGGAAUGUCCAAAAGGAGCUGAAACUAUCGUGACAAGGAUGUUGCAUAUUCUCACUGACAGAGAACACCCAUCACCCAGCUUGGUAUGCAAAGUUCGUGACCUUUACCAGAAGCGUGUGCCCGACGUGCGUUUCCUAAUCCCGGUAAUCAACGGGCUCGAAAAGUACGAGGUGCUCGCUGUGCUACCAAAGCUUAUAAAACUGAACCCAACUGUUGUAAAAGGGGUGUUUAAUAGAUUACUUGGCAUACAGCGUCACUAUAGUUCAGAACCUUCUGUGAGUGCAAUAACACCUGUGGAACUGCUUGUAGCAUUGCACACAAUAGACCAAAGCAAGGCAGAUGUCAAAUUUGUUAUUAAAGCAACAAGUUUAUGUUUUGCUGAGAAAGCCGUAUAUACAUCUGAGGUGCUUGUAACAGUGAUCAACCAUCUGGUGGAACUUCCAGUUAUUCCUACUCUGUUGAUGAGGACUGUUAUACAGGCACUCAUCACAUAUUCACGUUUGUCUGGGUUCGUUAUGAACGUUCUUCAAAGACUGAUAAUGAAAAGAGUUUGGGAGCAAACUAAAGUUUGGGAAGGUUUUAUAAGAUGCUGCCAGCGAAUGAAGCCUCAAUCGUUCCAAGUUUUGCUACAACUUCCACCAGCUUGGUUGUCUAAUGUGUUUGAAACUUUCCCCGAUUUGAGGGAACCAUUACUUCAGUAUGUUAAUAAGCUUACCCCACAACAGCGGCAACACAUCUCUCCAGCCAUCGUAUCUGUGCUCGAGGUUUCACCAGAACAAGCUGCUCUAAAAGCUCAGAGGGAAAUGCAGGAGAAACUUGCUCGGAGCAAGGAGCAGGAGAAACUCGCCCAGGAGUGGGAGAGAAAGGAAAGAGACAGAAAAGCUGCUCUCCAAGCUCAGCAAGAGAUAAUGAGGAUAAAUGCACAGCUGGCUAAACAAGAAAGCGAGCGACAGAAACGCAACCAAGAAGCCUCGUUGGACGUGAAAGUUGAAACAAACAAAGAAGGCGACGGACUUCUUGGGGCUUUUCCCGGCAGUAACCCUCAACCCAGUCUACUUGGUCCCCCACCCACAAAUGCUACACCCUUGUUAAACCCACCCAUGCAAGUACAAGCCGAUAUAAAACCAGUGAUUCUCCCAGCAAGUUCAACUCCCCCUGUAUCCACUAAUCCCCCUGCUCUAAACACAACAGCAUCUCCAGCCAAAGCCAUCACCCCCACCCCUUUACCCCCAGCCACCCAUCUACCACCCCCCGGUAUAAUUCUGCCCCCUAACCUACCCUUACCCCCAUUCCAAUACAAUGUCCCACCCCCAACACUAAUGGUAGCUCCUCCUGCUGCUAUACCACCUUCAUCUACAAGUAACCAGUCUCCUGCCCAAGCUGAAGUGAAGACCGAGCGAAGCGCGACACCGACACAAGAUGAAUCUGAUGAUGUUAACUAACAAUUACAUCAAAAUAUAAUUCAUGAUAUAUAUGAUGUAUUUGUUUUAGAACAAAUAAAAAUAUUUCGUGCCAUAA